UGUUGUCGCCACCUUGUAAUGUGUUCAAAGUGUUUACUUUAAGGAGCUAGCCGUUAGCCGUAGCUAGCUUGUGACGUAACGUAGCUGGCUAGCUAGCUAGCCUAGCUUCGAGUUGCACGUGUACUUUACUUUGGGAAUGACCGACGCGGUUCAAACUGCUACAAAUAGUACAGACAAUGGACAAUGCUCAAAUAUGACCGUACUUGACGAAAAGUGCUUAGCGUUAUGAGCAGCGCUGAGCAGCUGGCUGCGGUGGGUUCCGUUCUGGUGGACCCCCGUCAGGACCUGACGCGGCGGUUCCGAGCUCUGUUCACCCUCAAGAACCUGGGAGGCGCCGACGCCGUGGAGUGGAUCAGCAAAGCGUUCGACGACGACUCGGCGCUGCUCAAGCACGAGCUGGCCUACUGUUUGGGGCAGAUGCAGGACCCGCGGGCCAUCCCCGUCCUCAGCGCCGUCCUCCAGGACACCCGGCAGGAGCCCAUGGUGCGCCACGAAGCCGGAGAAGCCCUGGGAGCCAUCGGGGAUCCUUCGGUUCUGGAUCUGCUCCGGGCCUACAGCCGGGACCCUGUCACUGAGGUGGCCGAGACCUGCCAGCUGGCCGUGCGUCGACUGGAGUGGCUUCGGAGCGGAGGCGGUCGAGGGCCGCGGGACGCCGACGGGAACCCGUACUGCUCGGUGGACCCGGCGCCCCCCGCCCCCCGGGGGAGCGCGUCCGAGCUGCGCGCCCUCCUGCUGGACGAGAGCCUGCCGCUGUUCGAACGCUACGGUGCCAUGUUCGCCCUGAGGAACCUCGGCGGGCGCGAGGCCGUCCUCGCCUUGGGGGAGGGGCUUCAGUGUUCGAGCGCUCUGUUCCGUCACGAGAUCGGCUACGUCCUGGGUCAGAUGCAGCACCCGGCGGCGGUCCCGGCCCUCCGCGCCGCACUGGAGCGCGGCGGCGAAAACGCCAUGGUGCGGCACGAGGCGGCCGAGGCUCUGGGCUCCAUCGGCCGGGACGAGUGCCUGGCCGUGCUGCGGCGUUUCCGCGCUGACGACGAGCGCGUGGUCAAGGAGAGCUGCGAGGUGGCCUUGGACAUGCUGGACUACCAAAACAACCAACAGUUCCAGUACGCCGACACGCUGGCCAGACUGCAGGGAUGAAAGUGGGAGUGUGUCUGUAAAGUCAACUUUUAUUGUAGAAACUGAUAAACGCCAUGUAUGAUUUCUUUCAAAAGAGCCCGUCUUGAGUUUUGAUUGGCGCGUGAUUGAAGUUAGGACCGUUUGCCGACACUUUUUAUCUUUUUUUUUUUUUUCACGCCGUUCUAGACACGCUACUGGACUUGUUUUGGACUGUUUCUUUACUUGGUUGUUGACUUAGUUUCAACCUUGUCUUGUGGUUGUCAGCUUGGUUGUAGAUUAGCUUUUGACUUCAUUUUUUUUUUUUUUUUUUAAAUUUUGGUUCAUGACUGACUUGAUUCUGUUGACUUGAUUUUUUUUUUUUUUUUUUAAACUUGGUUCGUGGUUUUGUUUUUGACUGGAUCUUGGUUCGUUCCUGACUCAGUUCUUAUCUUGGUUCCUGACCUGACCUGAUUGAUUGUGCAUCGGUGCUGGCCUUGGCAAAAGAUAUUUCCUUUUUUUUUUUUUUCUUUUUUAAAUUGCUCAUAAUUUGGCUCUCGACUUGCUCUCGGCCGUUCUUACUUUGAUCUUGAUCUGGUUCUUUACUUGCUUUUGUCCCUUUUUUUAAAUAAAUUUUUUGGGGUGUGG